CGCUCUUUCCUCCGCGAAAGUAUAGGUCUGAAAAUCGUCGAUCAUCGUUGAUCAUCGGUUUCUAUCGUCACGCCGAGAAUAUAUAAAGGAGGUACACGUGCCUGUCACAUCAGUGCAUGCGACCAUCGUGGAUAAGAUCGAGGUCUGAUUUGUCAAAGUCCUUGUCAAAUACUCCACUAUUCGGGAAUUCGAGCGACGUACGCUCUGAUAAAAUUUGGGCGAUUAUUCAUCUUCAAAAGUUCAUACGUCACUUCGGCAGAAAAGAGAAGGGAGAAAAUCCGCACGGCGACUUAAUUCGCGAGGUCCUCAUAGUUUUUCAUUUUGGCUGAGUCAAGAUAUCUCGUAAGACAACUUACGACGUAAUCAGAAAUGGAAUUUCCAAAUUUGGGAGAGCAUUGCUCCGAGAACACCUGUAACCGCUUGGAUUUCUUACCUCUGAAGUGCGAUGCUUGUCAGGGGAUUUUUUGUACGGAUCACAUAACAUAUACAAGUCACAGCUGCCCCAGCGCAUACAAGAAGGAUGUACAAGUGCCUGUGUGUCCGUUAUGCGACGUUCCUAUACCGAUAAAACGUGGCGAUUUACCUGAUGUGGCUGUGGGAUUGCACAUAGACAAUGAUUGUAAGCAAAGCCGUAGGAAGGUGUUCUCCAACAAGUGCUCUUCAAAAGGAUGCAAGGUCAAGGAGAUGGUGCCGGUGAAGUGUAGCGAGUGCGGUGCCAAUUUCUGCUUGAAGCAUAGACAUCCUACUGAUCACGCUUGCAUUGGAGCAGAAGAGGCGUUGAGGCUACGCAGGUUGGAGGCACUAAACAAAAAGGCUCAAACGACAAUAUCACAGAACAGCGGCAAUAGCAACUCGCAUCUGUUCCGAAGUCUUCAAGGGACAAUGAAUGAAGAUGAGGCGUUAGCUAGGGCUCUUCAAGCUUCUUUAGACGACGAGGAGAGAAACAGACGUGUAUUACAACCAGUGCCUUCUGGAAACAGAGAUAGAUGUAGACUUUCGUAACUAUCUACACGUUAUUUUAUACCGUUCUAGAAGCAGGCUUCUUUCUUGUUUUCUGAUAAUCUAUGAGCAUUAAAAUAUAUGUUUCAUCUUAAGCCAGCGACAGGUUAUCUGUAAUUCAUGAUGUACAAUUCGCCACUUAUAUGAGAUUUGUAAAUGAGAUGCAUGAAUAGACAAAUCUAUCGAAUUUGUAAUCAUUGUUUAACUAUGCCAAUUUACUAAAAUGGAACAACUUCUUGAUGGAAUUAAAUAACGGGAAUCGAUACGGAUCAGUCAAUUUGUGUAUAUAAAUCUAUUUGAAUAAUUAACAAAUAAAUCACAAUGUUUGUAUUGGUAAAUUUCUGCAAAUCUGUUAAAAAUUGUAUAAUCUGGCGUUAGCUUAAAAGACGUACAGAUUUGAUGAUGCGUAUAGCGGAAAUUACUUAAAUAUUACAUUUGUUGCUUUAUCUACUUUUGAUCUGUUACGUAUUUUUAUAGAUAUAAUUGCGAUUAUACCUGUAACAGUUGUCAUAUUAUUGAAAUUACCACGUUUUUCUAAAAUUGCUCACGUAAUUAAGCGCACUGUAAUUAUGGCGUCUUAAGAGAUUCCUAAGCAAGAUUUUAUCUCAAAGCGUUUGUCUUCAAAAGAAAAGAUAUUGUCAUUAGAUAAGAUUUUAUGUUAAGUUGCAAGUACAAAUCUUCAUAAUUCGAUAUUUCCUCUUCAUGUAUCAUAAAUGUGAAUCAUUCCAUAUAUUUCAUUUAGAUUAUAAAAUCUGGCUUACAACCAGAAAAAAUAUAUUCUGUCGAAAAUAAAACAAUUCUGAUAAUACAUGACAAAAAAAGCUUCAGUAUAGAGUGCCUUAGUAGAUGAAGCAUAAUCAUUAAGAUAUAUUAGAAUGCGUUUACAUAAAAUCUCUCAAUUUUAAUAAUUAUAAAAGAACAUAAAAAUUAUUUUAAUUCACGCUUAUUAAUAUUCGACUUGCUUUAAAAAUUGCUUUCAAGUACUGGCUACAUAUAGGUUUUUAUAUAAUAUAAAAAUAUAUACUUGUGUAUUAAAAAUACAUUAUUUUCAACAGAAUAUUUAAAUAAAAGAAAAUUCUUUAUCAUUAUAACGUAUUUCUUACUAAUAAGAUUUUAAUAAACGACAUAAAUUAAGUUUUUGGUACAAUAUCAAAAACUGUGAUGGUGGGAAAAAGUCGUGUAUAUUGUAUUGAUAUCUAGGCGUGUUCAUUAUAUUAAGCAGAACUUUAAAAUAGAAAUCAUGUUUGGACAUAUCACAGUCAUGUCAGAUAGGCUUCUUACAGAGAUUCCUCAGAAUAUCACCAGGAUAAAUAAAUGUAUAAGCUUUAUACUCAA